GCUGCACUCUACAGCACCCUCUGGGUAUAGCUGUGCUCCCUUAUCUCCUUGGCAUUGCGAAAAGUAGGUUGAAGGUGUGAUGGCAGUACAAGACCCGCAAGCAUCAGCUUGUAUGGUCUGUCAUUCAUCUGCAUAUAUCUAUGUUCUUGCUCUGUGCUUGGGCAUCGUUGGCAACUUGGCAUUGUGGCUGGCUUGGCUACUUCUCUGCAGAAAUCAAGUUUCAUCCUAUUUUAGGCUGCUCUUUUGCUCUGGGCUUGGGGUUUCCGCAUCCUUGGCAUAUAGACUGCUUCUCUGCAUAAGUAUUGGCUUCUUCAAAGAGCUUCUUGGCAAAGUAUUGGACACCUUUGAUUUGUCUGACAUUGAAUAUAUGCAUCCAUGUGAGGCCAUACCACAGAAGUUUGUGGAGAAUUUCAAAGGUCAUAUCUCUGAAGUUAUCAAGCUAGAAGCUCCUGAUGGAAACAUAUACAAUAUUCAGGCUAUCAGGGAUCUGAACAAGAUAGUCCUCGGACCUGGAUGGGGGGUAUUUGUCAGCUUUUACAAACUAAAAGUGGGCUACUUCCUGGUGUUCAGGUACAUCGGGGAUUCUCACUUCAAAGUUCUGAUAUUUGAUUUUGGAACUUGCUGUGAGAAGGAAGUGUUCCACGUUCUCAUGAACUGCGACCCUAAUGCCCAAGAAAAAGAAAGCAACAGUGAGUCCCAUCGAAGGUGCGAGCUCUGUGAUGUGCAUUUCUAUUGGCAUCACCUGGAUGAUAGGCAGAAGCAUUUCCUGAGGCUCAUGGUUGGCGAUUUCCGUCGAGAAAUGAGCAUACCACAGAAAUUUGUGAACAAUUUCAGAGGUCGGAUCUCUGAAGUUAUGAAGCUAGAAGCUCCAGAUGGAAACAUAUACAACUUUAAGGUUACCAAGGAUCUGAACAAGAUAGUCCUUAGAUAUGGAUGGGCAGCAUUUGCCAGUGAUUAUGAACUAAAAGAGCAUGACUUGCUGGUGUUCAGAUACAUUGGGGACUCUCACUUUAAAGUCCUAAUAUUUGACCCAAGUGGUUGUGAGAAACAAUCAGUCCACAUUGUCUUGAACCAUGCUCCUAAUGUACCAAAAACAGGCAUAUCUCAUGAUCGGUCAUUCAUCAGGGAAACCAGGCGCCGAGACUGCGGAUCACACGAUAACAACAGCAGGAAAACUAAAAAGAUGACUCUGGUGGACUCUCCUUCACCGAGAUUUGAAGGUGUCACAUCUCCAGAAGUCACCAUGAAUUCAGGUGGCCUUCGGGAAAUCACCGAGCUUCACUAUGUCCUAGCAACGGGGUGCAAUCUGACUACAUCACAGAAGGCAGAAGUCGACGCGCUUGUGAAGAAAGUUAGGCCUGUAAUUCCAUUUUACAUCACAGCCAUGAACAAGACAAGUAUGUCCGGAUCUCUGGUCAUCUGCAAGGAUUACGCUGCCAAAUACCUUCCACAUGAAGACCAAUUCAUCACACUCUGCCAUCCUCAUAAGAGCAACAUAUGGGUAGAUAAUUUGAAGGUUAUCACUGAUGGUUCAUGCAUGCUUUCUGUUGGCUGGUCGUGCUUUGUUCUCCACAACGAGUUGCGAGAAAGUGACAUCUGCCUAUUUGAAGUAUCGAAAAACGACGGUGAAGUGACAAUGGUUGUUCAUUCUCUUGAAGGAGGUCAUCACCUACAAGGGAAAAAGCCCGAAUCUCAAAACAAGUGCAGUUAUCCAGUUAAGGUCGAGGUGACCGAGGAAGAGGAGAGUGACAACGAACUUGCUGAGUCCAACUACUACUACUCAAGGUAUGCCUAUGACCUGACCGGCAAGGAGCAAGAGGAGAUAUUCAGGUCAGCGUUGAUUCAACAGGGCAAUCCGGUAUAUGUCGCCGUUCUGCAGGAGAAUCAUGUUAGCAGCAGGAAUAACUUGCUGACCUUCCCCAGAGAGUUUGCGGCUAAGCAUCUUGCGGAGAGGUCGCAUGACAUCCUGCUCCUGAGACCUAACAGGAGAGAGAAGUGGUGCGUGAGGUACUACUACCAUUCUAUGAUGAGGAUACAGGGUUUCAGCUACAGUUCCUGGACCAAGUUUGUCUGUGACAACAGGCUGCAUGAGGGCCACGUCUGUGUCUUCGAGCUGAUGAAAAGCGCGUGCAAGGCGACGAUGAUGGUCCACGUUUUCAGGAAGUUCAAUGGCAGGUUUGUUCUGCUGGACUAACUAGCUACUUCUGCGUAGCUGCAUCCAUCUUAAUUUGUCGUUGAAUAACUGAAGCGGUUGCCACUGGGACCUGAAAUGAGAGUAGCUUGUGUACCAGCAGAAGUAGUUGCCUUUUUUUCUUUUGAGGGGAAGUAGAAGUAGUUGUAGAAACGUACCGUAUGAAUGUUCACUCCUGAUUCACCACUCAUGACUGUGAUUUCAGAACCAAGAGGAGUAUUUCAGUGCUUGUAGCCGUAGGUAAAAGGCAUGCCAAAGCAUCUAUGGCUCACUCCCCUGAAAUUUUAUUGAAUGUAAAUCGGUUGACUGAAAUUUUAUUAAAUCUAA